AUGACGUCCGUCUUUCGCAAUGGCCGUAUUUUCGUGCCCUCAUCUAGCACAGACAAUGAAUUCGCUAAUACAUUGAUCAUCGAGAACGACCGUAUUUCCUACGUCGGUUCUCUAGAGAACGCCCAAGUACCCGCGGACGCAACGGUGAUUGAUCUAGAGGACCGCGUUGUGGUUCCCAGCUUUAUCGACAGCCACGUGCACAUUCUGCAGUAUGGUCAAUCCUUGCGUAAAGUGGAUCUCAUUGCCUGCACUUCACUGGACCAGAUCCGGAAUGCCAUCAAGUCAUACGCCGAGUCUAACCCAUCUAUUCCCCGGAUUCUUUGCCGUGGAUGGAUCCAAUCUUCGACCAACGGAGUUGCGUUAGCUAGUAUGCUGGAUGAUUUGGAUCCUCGGCCUAUCUAUAUCGACGCCUUCGACCUUCAUUCUAUGUGGUGUAAUUCUGCUGGACUCGAGGAGAUGAAUGCUCAUACCGCUCCGGACCUUCCAGGUGGAACUAUCCAUCGCGAUGAGAAUGGAAAGGCUUCAGGCCUACUGGAUGAGUCUGCCGUGAUAAAUCUGGCCUGGCCACAUUUGGAAAGCCUUUAUUCGAAGGAGGACAAGUUGAGCGCGCUGGACUUGGCCAUUUCCACAUACACUGCUGCUGGAUAUACGGGUAUUGUUGAUAUGGCUAUGGACGAUGCUACAUGGGAGCUCUUGCAAGAAUAUCGACGCGAUAAAACUAUUCCAUUUCACAUCGGCGCUCAUUGGCUCGUUCCUUUCACCGAUGAUCAGGAAAUCAAUUUUACCUUUGUGGACCGGGCGAUUGAAUUGCGCAAGCAGUUCUCCGAUCCCUCCUUUACUGUCCUCGGAAUCAAGCUGAUCUGCGACGGCGUCGUUGACGGGUGCACCGCUGCCCUCCUGCAGCCGUACACCGGCAAGUCAGAUCCAGUGGACCCAAUCUGGCCAGCGGAUAUGCUUCAAGGUGUCGUUCAACGUGCCGAUUCUGCUGGUCUCCAAUGCGCCAUCCACGCAAUUGGUGACAAGGCCAUCCGCCAAGCAAUCAAUGUCCUAUCGGAAGUUGGCACUCCAGGUCGGAGACACAGAAUCGAACAUCUCGAGCUAAGCACAUCCGAGGACGCGAAGCGACUUGGUCAAUUGGGUAUCACUGCAUCUAUCCAACCGGUCCACUCCGAUCCAACCCUCUUCAAGGCCUGGCCCAGUCUUGUCGGUCCGCAUCGAUGCAAGCGAGCGUUUGCCUAUAAGGAUUUUCUAGAUGGUGGUGCUCCUAUUGCUAUUGGGACUGAUGCUCCUACCGCUCGACACUUGCCUUUUCCCAAUCUUUAUAAUGCCACCACUAGACGGUCAGCGCUUGAGCCGGAGUCUACUGAUACCGUCAAUCCGCAUUUUGGUAUCACUUUGGCUCAGGCGGCUACCGCUGCUACGACCGGUGCGGCUUAUGCGCGCUUUGCAGACUCUUGGACUGGGAGUCUGAAGGAGGGAAUGAAAGCGGAUUUCCUUGUGGUUGAUAUGCAGUGGAAUCCUGAGACACUUCUUGAGGCGAAGGUGUCACAGACUUGGUAUUUGGGUAAGAAGAUUUAUGAUUCGAAGCUGGAUGCGAAGGUAUAA